AGUCCUCCUGGAUUCUUGAAAGUGUGCGGAUAUGAAAAUGGCAGGGCUUUGCUGUAUGUCUAUGCAGCUCUUGCUGUUGGCACUGGCCGCUCUGGUUGGCAUCAGUCUGGGAGGGUCUGACGGGCCCCGUGGGGUGGCUCUUCCUUUUGUUUUUGACCCCAAAGCGACGUGCGACCCGCCUUGCAAACAUGCUGGGAUCUGCAUCCGAAACAACACCUGCUUCUGCUCCAGAGGAUACGAGGGAGAAACCUGCCAAUUUGCAAACUGUUAUCCAAAGUGCAAAAAUGGUGGAGAGUGCCUUCGACCGGGAAAAUGCAGAUGCCCUUCAGGAUUUGGAGGAAAAUUCUGUCACAGAGUGGUGUGUGACGCUGGCUGUUGGAACGGUGGUGAGUGUACUGCUGUGAAUGGAGAAGCCAAAUGCAUCUGUCCAUCCAGCUGGACCGGCUCCAGAUGCCAAGACGCGAUCUGUCCUCAGGGAUGUAAGAACGGAGGCAUCUGUGUGGCUCCUGGGAUCUGCAGCUGUCCAGAUGGGUGGAUAGGUGGAGCCUGCCACACAGCUGUUUGUAAAAAGCCAUGUGUGAACGGAGGGAAAUGUGUGUCUCCAAACACCUGUCGCUGUCGGGGUCUGUUCACCGGACCGCAGUGUGAAGAGAGGAAGAAGCUUUACUGAUGUCAGAAUAGUCUGAUCUCACCCCGUCCCAUAACAUCGGUGCUAAAGUUACUUGUUUGUUUGUCUGAACCCUAGCAUGUGUGUGUGUGAUGCUUUUUCUACAUUAUCACUGUACAUGAACGACUUGUGUAUUGAGUACUGUUUACAAUAACUGUUGGAAUUCCCACGAAACAGUGAGAAUGAUUAAAUAAAGUUAAAUCUAUAA